CACACAAACACAAAUUCCUUCAAUAUCUUCACAUAUUUCAUCCUCUCUACUCUAAUUUUUUGAGUUUUCUUCACAAUGGGCAAAGACAAGAACAGGGCAGGCACCUCCGGAAAAUCCAAGUCCAAAUCCCGGGCUCCAUCCACGACCUCCGAGGAACGCCUCUACUACGGCGAUGGAUCGUACCUCUGGUUCGAUUCCGAGGAGGAGCGCACCCGAUUUCUCACCUUUUUCUCCAAACGGCGUUGGUCUAUUAUUCUAACAGUUGUCACUAAGUGGUCUCCCAAUCUGCGUCCAGAAGAGGAUUCACCUAUUGUUCCGGUCUGGAUCACAAUCCCCAAUCUUCCCAUACACCUCCAUGAUCAACAAGCUCUCUUCAACAUCACUUCAUUGCUCGGCAAGCCUUUAAAGGUAGACAAUGCAACCCUCAAUUUCUCCAUACCAAAAGCUGCUAGGGUUUGCUUGGAGGUGGAUGUUUCAAUCCCUCUACACAGCAAAAUUCAUGUUCGACAUGUCGAAGAAGACCUUUUCUUCCAGGUUAUCUAUGAAGAACCCCCUGCCUUUUGCUCUAUAUGUCGCAAACUAGGUCACGAUUGCAAAAAGAAGGCUCCGGCUGAUCCACCGGAAAAAGCACCGGUAAAGAAGCCAGAGUUUUCCCGGAAAGCUAUGGCAGAGGAAAUGCAGGAGACAGGGUGGACCCUUGUCCAGAGGGGUGGUAAAUCAUCUGGAAUCCAGUCCAAAAAAUGGGUCCCUAAACCAAAUGAACAACCUAAAAGUCCAGAUGUAAGAAACAAAGGAGGGGACUUCAACGCAAUUUCUGACCUUCUUCACCAUAAAGGGUCUAGGCUACCUGAUUUGGAGGGAGUGUGUGAUUUCAGUGACUGCAUUAAGGACUGCAACCUCAAAGAACCUACAUUCACAGGACCUUCUUUCACUUGGCAUGGAGCGAGAAGCAAUGGCAAUGUGUGGAAAAGACUUGACAGAGUCUUUUUUAAUGAUGUCUGGGAUACUAAAUGGCCAAGAACCUCUUUGACUCACAUGGCUAAAAAUGGAAGUGACCACUGCCCUCUUCUCUUCACCUCUCAAAUUGGAGACACUCACACCUCCAAAGCUUUCAGAUUCCAAAACAUGUGGCUACUUAAAGAGGACUUUAUGGAUUACUGCAAAAAGAGCUGGGAAGAAGUUCCUUUUCAUGGGGGAAUGAAGAGUCUGUUCACAAGGCUUCAUCAUCUCAAAGGGAAAUUAUCAGCCUGGAACAAAACCAGCUUUGGAAAUGUUUUUGACAUGCUUAAAGAAGCUGAAGAUGAGGCUACCAGAGCAGAAAUUUUAUUUCACACAAAUCCCACUACGACUAAUAAGAUCCUUCUCAACCAAAAACAGGCUGUCCUUGCAGACGUUUCAAACAGGGAGUACCACUUCUGGAAACAAAAAUGCAGCUUGAAGUGGUUCAAAGAAGGAGAUGCCAACACCAAAUUCUUUCACGGUCUUGUGAAGGAAAAAAGAAGAACGCAGAGGAUUAAUGUCUUGAUGAAUGAAAACGGAGAAGCUAUUCAAGACACAUGCUCUUUGGAAGACAUGGUGGUACAUCAUUUUUCCACCCUUUUCAAUGGAACAGAGCAAGCAGCAACACCGGAAAUGUAUAAUGACUUUAUGGCUUCCAUCCCCCACUUGAUCAACAAUGAACAAAACACCAAAUUGAUGGCACUUCCUUCAGAGCAGGAACUCAAAGACAUUCUGUGGGGAAUGGAUGCAAACUCAUGCGCUGGACCGGAUGGAUUCAAUGUAACAUUCUUCAAGGGAUGCUGGGAUAUUGUUAAACGGGAUGUUACCUCUGCCUGUCAAGAAGUAUUCCUUGGAAUCCCCAUGACUACAGCAGCUGCCAGUUCUAACAUAUGUUUGCUACCUAAAGUUGCGAAUGCCAACAAAUUAAAUGACUUUAGACCUAUUUGUCUUUCCACUGUAGCUUCCAAACUAGCUACUAGGUGCAUUGCUAAAAGGUUGUGCAGGAUUCUUCCAGAAAUUAUCUCGGAAGAACAAGCAGCAUAUGUGCCUGGGAGAGAAAUGCUGGAUCAAAUUCUCAUUACCAAGGAGCUGGUCCAUAACAUCAAUAGGAAAGCUAAAGGAGGAAACCUAAUUAUUAAAUUGGACCUUGCCAAAGCCUUUGACAAAGUGAAGUGGUCCUAUCUUCUAGACAUCCUUCAGAGAUUUGGAUUCUGUUCACAGUUCAUCAACAUGAUUGAGAACCUCCUGGUGUCCUCCAAAUACUCAAUUCUCCUCAAUGGUAAACCAUGUGGUUUUUUUGGGCAAUCAAGGGGCAUCAAGCAGGGAGACCCUUUGUCUCCUUUGCUAUUCAUCAUUGGUAAUGAAGGAUUCUCCAGAAAUCUGAACAACCUAUUCCUUAAGAGCAUUGUGGACAGGUUCAAUUGUGGGAGGCACUCCAUCCCAAUCACUCACCUAUCUUACGCUUAUGACAUGAUUAUUUUCUCCUCUGGUGAUUUUAGGUCUAUUUCCAAUUUGAUGAAAUUCCUCAAUACAUAUCAACUUGUCUCAGGUCAAACCAUUAACUAUCAUAAGAGCAGCUUUAUGGUAGGAAAGAAAGUCAACACUUUGCAGAUCACAAAGCUGGAAAAAAUCAUGAAUAUGUCUCAUAGAAAAUUUCCGUUCAUUUACCUUGGCACUCCUAUUGAUCUUGGAAUCACAAGGGCAGAGGUGCCGAUGAAGAAAGUUGGUGACAAGUUGAUCCCCAAGACCGAAGACGAGUUUGAUGCCGAGGACAUCAAAAAGGUCGAGAAUUAUGCAAAGGCAAUAAACAAGCUUUAUUGUGCCGUAAAUCCUGAUGACUACCGCAAGAUCUCCUGCUGCACAACAGCCAAGGAGAUGUGGGAUAAGCUCGAGGUGACGUACGAAGGAACGGACCAAGUACGUGAAGCCAAGAUCGACUUCCUCACCCAAGAGUAUGAGAUGUUCAGGAUGAAGGAGCACGAGAAGAUUGACGACAUGUUCGACAGAUUUUCCAAAAUAGUCAACGAUCUUCAUGCAUUAAAGAAGACUUACACCGACAAGGAUCUUGUGCAAAAGAUCCUACGGAGCUUGACAUCCAAAUGGCGAUCCAAGGCCGAUGCCAUCUAUGAAUCAAUCGGCACAUCAAAUGUCACCAUCGACGGUCUAAGAGUAGCUGUCUUCCCAUGGAUGGGAGAACCUUACCAUCGCUGGGAAGGCUGCCUUCACUUUUUCCUCCCUUUCCAGUACCUGUCUUCCCAUCGAUGGGAGAACCUUACCAUCGCUGGGAAGCCUGUUGCAGUUCAAAAAUCAUAGCCGUUGGGCACCUCAUUCAAUGCCCAACAGCCACAUAUUUUCGAACACCAAGGGCCCAAAUUCUCUUUUCCUAUAAAUAUUAACCAUCCUU